AACGGCUUUGACGCGUUCGCUCACCACGACUUGGAUUCCACGACACAGCACGCAUUGUUUUCGUUCCUUCCCGCAGGGACAACGGUGGAAGGCAACAGACGAGGCAGGGCAGCAUCCGAAAAGGAAGGCAAGUGCUUGCCCGUGCAGGUCUCCAAGUGGACGCGACAGGCUGUGGUGGGAUGCCCAAAACACCCCUGAGGCACCCGUGAUCUAUGAACCGCACGUAAGGGGGUAGUUUGUGUGCUCAGUCCGCAGAGGUUGCUUCCUUCCCAAGGUGUUCAGUGACAUGAACUUGCCAAAAUGUCAGGGAUAUGGACAACUCCAAGGUGACCACCACACCACCUUUCCUCAGAGAUCACUCAGGUCAAGAUGGACAGCAACGGCAGGCCGUAUUGCAACGGCCAUCCCGCUGUUGCGCAGGGCAUGACACCAAAUACACUCUCUGGUCAGAGCAGACAGCCUCAUCACUCGAGCUUCAGCAGCGGGUCUCCUUUCACACCACAGAGGGAAUCGCCCGCAGCGGUGACGACGUCUCAGAUCCGGCCACCACAAUUACCAGACUGGGCGAGGCCAAAGCCACCCGUGUCUUCAGCUCAGGAUGGACACAUGUUCACUGGUGGUGGGCAACAGGCCCCGCGGAUCCCCGUGAGGCCGCGAAGUCCAGCCAAGCAGCAUCGGAAUGAGCAACAGCAGCAGGAGCUACUUCGGACAUCUGCCGGCCAGGAGGGGUCGCCAGCACCUCAAUUCACAGUACAGAUCAAGUCGUCGCCGAUCAAAGAGACUUCGUUAUACCGGAAGGUUGACGACGCCCCGUCUGGCAAGGCACCUACGACGACCACGCCGGUAGUGCCGCGCCAGGGCCGGAAGAGGCCCCAACCUGGAGCCAUGGGCGUGGUCAACAUGUUCGCCGCCAUCACCAACGACGUCGGAGGCGGCGGCAGCGGCGGCGGCGUUGAUGGCCUGCCGAGUACCCCCGGGUCCAUCAACAAGAGAGGAAGACCGAAAGGCUGGAAACCGGGCAUGUCGUACGCUGCCAUAAGAGGCAAUCCACCACCCGGAAGCGGCAGUACCGCGGCUCGCGAGAGGGAAAAGGGUCUAGCGAAGCGGCUGACGACGUUGCAUGACAUUGCACGACGCCAGUACCUCCGUGCAAAGCCAGAUUUCGCGCCCUUUGUUUGUGAAUGGGUAGAAGAAUCCGGGGAGCAGUGCCCUGCUGAGCUGCAAAACCUCGAUACCCUACGACGGCAUCUGUUCUGCGUCCACGUGGCAGAAAACAGCGAGCAAGAGGAAGAAUCUGGUCGAGAGAUACAACAAAUCCAGCAGAUAUGUCGUUGGGCAAAGUGUGCACGGCACGAUCCGCCGAUUGUAUACAACAGCGAAGACGCCCUAGACGACCACAUCGAAGCACACCUCCAGGUUAUAGCGUGGUUUGUGGGCGAUGGCCACCAGAAUAAGGGAGCCGCAAAGCAGCACACGGACACUAUACCAUCUUAUCUGCUCGGCAAAGAUGGAACUCAGGCUACGCCGUCCAUCAAAGAUCAGCAACUCGAAACAGAAUCGCAGCGCAAGGAACGGAAACGGAAACUUCGGGCCUUGGAGGCGCAAAGAGACGAGCAUGCGCCGGAUGAGGAAGAGUUUAUGAAACAAACGCUGGGGACCGCCGACGAGGCAGGUGAAGAGCAAGCGUAGAAAAACAAAAUCCUAUAAUCAGGCUCCCCGGCACAGUCGUUGUGGUGGGAGCGGAGCAUUAACCGUCUCCAACGUGGCCGGUUGUUUAUGUAAAUGCUUUCCGGUUGCUUGAAACAGCUACGAACUUUACUGUGCAUACAUACGCGUACCUCUACAUACCCGCUUGCCUGCACAGUCCUUUCUUUUUUGCUCUGGAAAGUGAAGGUAUCCAUGGACACGGUCUGAUCGUCGUCCACGUACGUAUAACCAAG